AUGAAGUACCUACCGAUCCGCGACUUCGAUACGGUCGCGAGCGCCCUGAACUUCAAUACACCAGACUGCAAUGUCACGGGUGGAUGCGACCUAUAUACCACCAAAUCCACCGGCGCCGAUAAGAAACUCUUCAAGACAAUCAACGAUGACCUGACAUCACAACACGAAGCGCUGCUGAAGCUCGGCGCCAGUCUGUCACCGCCCGACCGCGAAGCCAUGAUGGCAACUUCUCCAAAUAUGCAGCUGUUCUCGCACUCGAGCGCGUUCGGUCCCCUUUCCGAGCUGUCCAGCCGUCGUACCUUUGCCUACCUCAUCGCGACACUGAACGCCAGCCAUCAACACUACGACUUCUCUAAUGUUCUGAUGCCAGGUGACUUUAAGCGGGAGAAGAACCUACGGCGCGUCAUCGGCAAUCUCGACUCCAUCCUGCAGAACGUCCGACCACAUCCAGAUGUCCGACCGAGCGACAUCAACUCUUCAUCGCUUACGGACUCAGUCUGGGGGCCCCACUGUUGGGCCAUGAUCAACAAAGAAAUGCGACUUAAUGAGUGCACCGUCUUUUCCUACCAACCCGAGACCGACCCGUUUGAGGAGGAGGAAUCCGCCAUUUGGGCAAGUCACUACUUCUUCUUCAACCGGGCGUUGAAGCGUGUCGCCUACCUCUACGUGCGCGUUGUCCCCGUAGUCUCGUCGCAAUCACCAGUUCUGCGAGCCAGCAUGCCGGCAACCGACGGUCUUCGCAGCAAGAGGCCUUUGAGCAACCAUUUUGUCGACACUUCAAUGGGCAACAAGCGGGCCAAGUACUGGCUGGGCGAUCGUGAUGCCAGGGUCGUGCGCCACGACGAUGAUGACGAACAGAGCGACGGCUUCAACUGGAACCGCGGGGCAGACGGUGACCUCGUCCCAUUUUCAGAAGACGACUAUGGCGACGGCAACUAUUACUACGACGAAGACGAUGAAGACGACUCGAGUAGCGGCAAGGGUCCCAUGCGCGAAAUGUCAGAGGAGGUCGUGGCGCACAUGGAGAUCUAG